AUGGAUCGCAUCGAGCCCGCAGAGGAUGGGAAUUCCCGGAGGAGUCCUCCAACCGAUCAGUCUGGUGAGACAACACCACCAAGGCCAGCAUUGGCAACAGUACAAUCCCCUGGACGCCCCCGGGCUCCUUCUGCGCGAUCACGCCGACCGAGUAUCCGCCUAUCGCGUCUACCAUCCCUCUCGUCGUUAGAUACCGAUAACAAUCAGUCGCAACCGGAACCCCUAGCGGGUCCCUCCCUGCAGCGACAAGUGUCCAUCCGAUCUCCCGUCGCAGAAGAAGAUGAAUCCGCACAAUCAGGUCGACGGCGUAGUAGCUCUGAGCCACGGCCAGGGCGCUACUCUGGUCCUUCCUCGGAUGUCCUGUCGCGAGUGGCGACCCCUAUGCGCAUGGUUCCGCUGACUGAAGAAUCAUCGCGGAGCCCGUUACCAACCCCGCAGGCGCCCGGUACUCAGCAGCCCGAGUCUGAUGCACCUCCUUCGGAGGAGGCCGAAGAACCUCCGCGUCCGGUCCCCCGGAGUAUGUUGCGACGGACGAGUCAGGCGGCGCUGAGGCCAUUCACUCGAAACCGGGCUUCCACCGUGACUGGGGCCCCGCAGCAGCCAACGGUCGCUGAGAAUCCGGAGAUGGGCAUCAACGAGUAUGGUUCUCAUGUGGUUGAUGUGCUAGAUGUGAUUGAUCCGGAGGUCUCCGCGCUCUCGACCUUGACAAAUGUCCAAAAUUCUCUCUUCGUGCCUAACCUGGGUGGUUGGAUCAACCGUAUGCCUACCUACACUCUCACUCGACCACCGCCUUCAGAUGAGGAGCAGGGCAUCAGCACCGACGAUGGAGAAGUAUCAGAUGAUACCAAGCAACGCCCCACCUUAGAACAGCUUCGCCCGUUUUCCAGCAUGUCAUCUGUAUUAGUGGGACCACGAUAUGCGGUUCUGCCGGAAGGUCACGAGCUGGCGGGAUGGACCAACGAAGACUUUGCAGAGUUGAAUGACCAUGUGCGGCAUAUGCUUCACUCCCGCCGGUCCAAGUUUAAGCGAGCAAUGAAGGGAUUUGGACAAUACAUUCGAAAACCACUUGGAUUCCUCGUCACCCUCUAUGCAACCUUGAUCACUCUAUUUGGUCUGGCCUGGGUGCUUUUCCUGAUUGGCUGGAUCAAUGUUGCUGGCAAGCAAUCAUAUCUUAUCAACAUUAUCGACAACGUUCUAGUGGGUCUCUUCGCCAUUAUGGGUGAUGGACUUGCUCCGUUCCGAGCUGUGGACACGUACCACAUGAUUUUCAUUGCCCAUUACACCCACAAAACCUGGAAAAUUCGUGACAAGCGGAAGUUGCCAGAUCUCAAGGACAAGAAUGAUCUCCCAGCUCGACGCGAGAAGGAUGUGGAUGUCGAAUUCGGCGACACACCCAAAGACGAAGAACAUGAGUUCACUGUCCUUGAGACAGCACAGCAGCUCAAGUUGAUGCACCACCAGAACAAGUUCGCCAAGUCACAUACCUUUUAUAAACCUCACGAGACCAUGACUCACCAUGCCUUCCCGAUGCGCAUGCUCGUCGCUAUCGUUGUCAUCCUCGAUUGUCACUCCCUGCUCCAGAUGGCUCUUGGUGCUUGCACCUGGAGUAUGGAACCUCCGAAAUACCGACCAUUUGCAUUGACUACUGUCAUUCUGUGUUGCUCUAUCACCUGCAACAUCACGGGUGGUAUAAUGAUCAUGAUUGGCGACCGGAUGACGCGAAAGAAGGAUAUUGUGGAGCGCCUCUUCCGACAGCAAUUGACUGAAGAAGCCAUGAAGAAGAUGGAGAAGCGAAAGAUCAAGGAUGAGCGCCGCAGCAUGCAAAUUGAUCAAGAACGCCGCAGCAUGCAAGUUGAUCAAGAGCGUCCUAGUAUGCAGGCCGAUCAAGAACUUCGUGGUAUCCCCGAACCCUACGUUGCCAGUUGA